CGCAUGACCCUGAGCAUCCCAACCAUCAUCCCCAGCCGGACAAGCCGCUCAGGAUCCAAUUAAGUGGCUUGAACGAGACGAUCAACCAAGUGUUUGGUGACGGUACCAAAAUGUCAGAACAUUUGACGUCUAUGGUUGACUUCGACGAGGCAGGACUUCGGUUCGCCAAGAUGGCAUUCAAGCAACUCUACGGCCGCGAUGCAAACCCACAACAUGCAUCUGACUUCGUUCCACUGUACCAGUACAAUACAUUCCGCGGAAAAUACGGCGAGUGCGAGCCGUGGGAGCAUACGUGCGUCAGUCGCCCUCUAUCCAAUGAAUCCACGCUAACGUUGAGCAGCGUCGACGGGUAUGGCAUCACCUUCGAUCAUCUUGUCAGCCCUGCCGACGACGAUGACCCCGAGACCCUCAUGAUAAAUACUUGCGAUCCUUCCAACCCCGAUGCGGCUAGGUACUUGAAGUUGGACCUUGGUCGAUACAGUGCUGGCCCGGAACCGGUCGUGCUGCUCGUUCCGCGAUGCUGUCAGUUGCGGCGGGGAACUACUGACCGCGAGAGAAUUAAUAAUCAGGCCAAGGAGGCGAGAGAAUAUCUUUGCAGACAGGCAGCUAGCUCAUAAGCACUCAAUCCUACCAACUCAAUACUCACGGGUCUUCAAACCAACAUUGGGUCUGCAAGGUUAGACAAGGUACAAUGGGACCUCGACAAUGGCUGGUCGUGUACAAAAGCGGAUAAGAGCGCCCUGGUCACGCGGGUUUCAAUAUGGCGGCGGAGCACUCCUCGUCACCUAGGGGCCACUCUUGGAAAACUGCCGCCUUUGGCUGGGCCAGGCUGGCGCCGCAUCCGAUAUAAGUGUGGGUGAGCGGCAGGACCCGUCAGGGCCGGCGGUUGGUUGGGCUGCGUGGCUUUGCCGCGUCUUCGCCUUUAGCUUCCCAGACCUCGUUGUCCAGACAGCCUUGUCGUCUCGCCCAUGGAUUGUCACCAGAAGACAGCAGCCAAGAAUCUGUCGUGGUCUGCCUUAAGCUGGGCUGCUGGGGUCGACC